AUGUUUGUACUGAUAGAUAAUGUCCUCGCCUACCUUCUUGAACAAGACGACCAAUUUGUAACCGCACGCUUCGCUAUUCAGGGCCAAAUAGUCACGAGAAGAGUAAACAAAACACACACCUCAAACAUCGAUGAUGUACUCCUUCUACAGUUCAUAAGUCAUACACAGCCUCAUAUUGAGAAUAUCUCUCCAAAAAAAAUUCUCGACAGCAUGAGAACGGCCGUACGGCAGUUGCUGGACGCAACUGCCUGUGUAUCUAGAGAGUGCCUUCUCAUAAAAAGAAAUAUCGAAAUAAGAAGAGCAAGAAAACGUCUUCUCAGUGAUUGGUAUAGACUGGGUGCGGACACAAAUCACGAUUCCGUUUUGGUAGUUGUCAACUCUGCCUGGAGAUUUCUGGUCGUAUGGCGACCGUUUAUAAACUCCAUACAACAGGCAACCCAGGAACUGUUUAGGAAAAUCGCCCACUAUCUUCUCUAUGGCAACGUCGACAUACAGAGAAUCGCGGCACUAAUACAAAUCGUAAUGGGGCAGGACUAUUUACUUUUUAGUAUGGAUGAAGUCACACAAGAAAUCGCCAAAAUACAACUGUAUUUGGAUAAAAUGCUACCGCACGACCCCCACCAAUGGAAAAAGCCACUGCCCUUUGACUCUGCAAAUUUACUACUAAACUUUAGAGACUGGACAACUGAUAAUGCUCUCCUCGAGGAGUUGCAACUCUGCUAUUCCACAAAUAUUGACAAACACGAAAAACUUUCCGUUGCUCUUUUAAUAAUUACGGCAGUCAGAGGGUUUAUUCACUAUAAGUAUUGUUUACAUUAA